AUGGUAUAUAAGACUCUGGGCCGUGAGCCGUUCCUCAGGCCAGUUGGUCACUCGGCUCACACACACAACACCCCGACUUACACCAAAACAAUCUACAUCGCCACACCUUUCCCAAUGCUAUCAUCAAGAGCAUCAACCAGACUCUGCGCGCCGAAACAAGCAGCCCACCUCGUCCGGGCCGCUGCGACGCUCCACAACACCACCACCACCACAACCUCCUUCGCCGGCCUCCGCAUCACCGCCGCCUCGUCCCAGCAACACCAGCAACAUGUGACCCCCAGCACCAGCCGAUCCUUCUCCACGACGCGGGCGACGCAGCUCCGCGACUUCUUCCCGGCCAAGGAGACGGAACACAUCCGCCUCACGGCGCCGGCGUGGCCGCACCCGGGGUACACGGAGCAGCAGAUGCACGACAUCGUCCCGGACCACCGCGCGCCGCGCACCGUCGGCGACUGGGCGGCGUGGAAGUUUGUGCGGGUCGCGCGGUGGUUCAUGGACCGCGCCACGGGGUUGGGUUCAGAGCAGCAGGUCGACAAGAAGAACCCCACCACGUCGCUGGUGGCCGACAAGCCGCUUACCGAGGCGCAGUGGCUGGUGAGGUUCAUCUUUCUGGAGAGUAUUGCCGGAGUCCCGGGCAUGGUCGCCGGCAUGCUCCGCCACCUCGGCAGCCUGCGCCGCAUGAAGCGCGACAACGGCUGGAUCGAGACGCUCCUCGAGGAGAGCUUCAACGAGCGCAUGCACCUCCUGACGUUCAUGAAGAUGUCGGAGCCGGGCUGGUUCAUGAAGGUCAUGAUCCUCGGCGCCCAGGGCGUCUUCUUCAACGGCAUGUUCCUGUCGUACCUCGUCUCCCCCAAAAUCUCCCACCGCUUCGUCGGGUACCUCGAGGAGGAGGCCGUGCACACGUACACGCGGUGCCUCUACGAGAUCGACCAGGGCCUGCUGCCCAAGUGGUCCGAUCCGAACUUCGUGAUCCCCGAUAUCGCCGUGCAGUAUUGGAAGAUUCCCGAGGGCCAGAGGACGAUGAAGGAUUUGAUCUUGUACAUCAGGGCUGAUGAGGCCGUUCACAGAGGCGUAAACCAUACCCUCAGCAACCUCAACCAGAAGGAGGACCCGAACCCGUUCGUCAGCGAGUAUAAAGACGGCGAGAAGCCCAACGCCGCGCUGAGAGCACAGGGGUUCGAGCGUAACGAGGUCAUUUAA